AUGGGGCCUCCUGGGACCAGCAGCUGCGGCAGCUGCAGCAGCAGCGGCAGCUGCAGCAGCAGCAGCUGCUGCAGCAGCAGGAAUUACCUAGUGCCGCUGCUGGCUGUAUUCGGUGGCGCAGCUGUCAUUCGCUAUGUGCUGCACAUUAGCCUAGCUGCGCCCAGCAGUUUGCUGCUGCUGUACAGCAGCAGCAGCAACAGCAGCAGCAGCUUCACCGAGGCAAUCGCAAGGGAAGAAGUGGGGCUCUCUCCUUUUGCUGCUGGGCUGUACACUCACCUGCCACCAGUGUUUGCGCUUUUAAAGACACUCACUGGCUGCAGCAGCAGCAGCAGCAGCAGCAGCAGCAGCAGAAAAGGUAGCAGCAGCUGUGAAUUCAAACUUUUCCUGCUGCAUUUGCUCGUCGACCUAGCAAUUGCUGCGGCUCUUGCUGCAGCAGCAGCUUUGCUGCAGCAGCAGGAUGCGGAGUCGUUGCAAGAGCCGGAGCAGCUGGAGCAGCAGCACCAGCAGCAGCUGCAGCAGGGACUGCAGCAGCAACGGCCUGCUGCGUUGAUAGAGGAGCAGCAGAAAGAGCAGCAGCAGCAGCAGCAGCAGCAGCAGCAGCAGCAGCAGCAGCAGCAGCAGCAAAUAGUCAAUGGUGGCCUCUUCUCGACGCGUUUUAUAACCCCUUUUCUUGCUGCUGCUUUCUUCCUUUUCCACCCAUACACCUUGGUCGGGGCCCUUGCUGUGUCUAUGCACCAAGUGCCGCUGCUGCUUCUUGCUGCUGCCAUCGUAGCAGCUGCUGCUGCAUCAAGGGCAGCAGCAGCAGCACACGCAGCAGCAGCAGCGGCUAAAACGGCACCGAAGACGACAGCACCCGAGCAGCAGCAGCAGCAGCAGCAGCAGCAGCAGCAGGGGCUGCAGCAGCAGGCGCAGCGUUGUCGCAGCGCAUCAGCAAAAGCAGCAGCAGCAAGUGCUGCUGCAGCAGUGGGGCGCGGGUUUGUCUUCCUUGUGGGGACAACAGCAGCAGCAGCAUGCAUCCUGUGCGCGGUUGCUGCUGCAGCAAAGUGGGAUAUGCAUUUUCUGAGGGCUUGCUUCGCCCCACAGUGGCAGCUGGAGCCCAUAGAGCCGGGCAUGGGGGUUUCCUGGUACCUCCUCACCCUGGUCUUUGAUCGCUACCGUUCCAUCUACGUGUUUGCCUUCCAGGCUCUUUCGUUCGUGCUAGCAGUGCCUCUUGCGCUAGGGUUUGUGGGAAACCCUCUGGCUCACUGCCAGGCAGUUGUUGCGUUGAUGGUCCUUUUCCAGCAGAGCCCGAGCCUUACGGACUUUGCCUUCCUCCAGGUACUCCCUGCUGCUGCUGUUGCUGCUGCUGCUCUCGCUGCUGCUGCUGCUGCUAUCGCUGCUGCUGCUGUCGCUGCUGCUCUCGCUGCUGCUGCUUCCGCUGCUGCUGCUGCUGCUGCUGCUGCAGCUUCUGACUCUUAG